AUGGGAUGGGUGUAUGUUGGCCUUCGGAGUCCAGCAGCCGCUCUGUGGGAGAAAGGUGAGGCCCUCUGCUUCCGUAAGGAUUACUGUUUUGGAAACCAGCAUACCGAGCUAAGGACACCACAACAUGGGUGUUGUUUCUGUGGAAAUGGUGGCGUUUCUUCUCUGGGAGUUCAGAGAGGUUAUCCUGAUGGCGCUUCCCCACAUCCUUUUCUUUUCCCCAGGUGGUUGGUCCUAGCCAUUGCCAUGACACGCUUUUAUAUGGAGAAAGGAACACACAGAGGUUUAUAUAAAAGUAUUCAGAAGACACUUAGAUUUUUCCAGACCUUUGCCUUGUUUGAGAUAGUCCACUGUUUAAUUGGAAUUGUGCCAACUUCUGUGCUUGUGACUGGGGUCCAAGUGAGCUCAAGAAUCUUUAUGGUGUGGCUCAUCACUCACAGUAUAAAACCAAUCCAGAAUGAGGAGAGUGUGGUGCUUUUUCUGGUCGCCUGGACUGUGACAGAGAUCACUCGUUACUCCUUCUACACAUUCAGUCUUCUCAACCACUUGCCGUACUUCAUUAAAUGGGCCAGAUAUAAUUUUUUUAUCAUCUUAUAUCCUGUUGGAGUGGCUGGCGAACUUCUUACCAUAUAUGCUGCAUUACCAUAUGUGAAGAAAUCAGGAAUGUUUUCAUUACGACUUCCAAACAAAUACAAUGUCUCCUUUGACUACUAUUAUUUUCUUCUAAUAAUCAUGGCCUCAUAUAUACCACUGUUUCCACAACUCUAUUUUCAUAUGUUACGUCAAAGAAGAAAGGUGCUUCAUGGAGAAGUGAUAGUAGAAAAAGAUGAUUGAAUGAUCCCUACAAACAAGGUGCUUUUUCCAGAAUAACCAGGAUUACUUGAUUCCAAGCUUUAAUAACAAGAAUAAACAACUUCAUGAAAUGUCA